AUGGAUGCAUUGAGAGCAUUUGAAAACGGGUCGCUCUUGCCCAGUUACUCUGCUCCUGCCAGGUGGGAUCCCUUCCGUGGUCCCUUGGGCUCCAUCCAGCCCUGGCAAUUCAGGGUUCUGGCAGCAGUAAUGUUGUUGGUGACCUCCCUGUCACUUGCUGAGAACCUGGCUGUAAUCGUGGUAACUUUUAACUUCAAGCAAUUGAGACAACCUGUCAAUUAUAUUAUAGUCAAUUUGUCUGUGGCUGAUUUCCUGGUCUCACUGACUGGUGGUACCAUCAGCUUUUUAACAAAUCUAAAAGGUUAUUUUUUUAUGGGAUACUGGGCUUGUGUAUUGGAAGGAUUUGCUGUCACAUUUUUUGGCAUUGUAGCUCUCUGGUCCCUUGCUCUGCUGGCUUUUGAGCGGUACGUUGUGAUCUGCCGCCUGCCGAGAAAUGCACGCUUGAGGGGGAAGCAUGCAGCUCUAGGUAUCGUCUUUGUGUGGAGUUUUUCCUUCAUUUGGACCUUUCCACCAACAUCUGGUUGGAGCAGUUACACCCCCAGUAAGAUUGGAACUACUUGUGAGCCGAACUGGUCCUCAGGAGCUUAUGCUGACCGUACAUACAUUAUUACAUUCUUCACCACCUGUUUUAUAGUACCCUUAUUGGUGAUUUUGGUAUCCUAUGGAAAACUGGUGUGGAAGUUAAAAAAGGUGUCAGAUGCACAAGGCAGGCUGGGAACUACCAGGAGACCUGAAAGACAAGUGACUAGAAUGGUUGUUUUUAUGAUCAUUGCCUUUCUAAUCUGCUGGAUGCCAUACGCUACCUUUUCUAUCCUAGUCACUGCACAUCCCUCCAUUGAGCUGGAUCCUUGUCUGGCAGCAAUUCCGGCCUUCUUUUCCAAAACAGCCACUGUUUAUAAUCCAAUUAUUUAUGUCUUUAUGAACAAACAGUUCAGGCAGUGUCUGAUUCAAUUGUUCAGUUGCAGUGCCAUGGGAACUGCAGAGUCCAACUUGAACCUGACUUCAGAGAGAGCAGUGCCAGCCCAGGAGAGAAGAGGCAGAGAGAUGGCCCCCACGGCAGUUCAUAGCACCAUUUCUAAGAGGAAAACUGGAGAUGAACACAGAAGCCAACAACCUUUGGCCCUGUUGACAGCUUCAGAAAACAAGAUGUGUCCCAUGUAG